AUGCUGCCAUGUACAUGUAUGAAGAACGAACGGACGGACGGAAAAAGGAAGAUUAUGAUGAUGUUCGAGGACAGGGGCUUCUCGAGGAGCUCGAGAAUACCUUCAAGAUCUGCAUUUCCGCGACCGGAAGAAUUAAUUAAUCACCAUUAUGAAUUGCAAGGGAUGGAAGAAGCGAUURCUGUGUGGGAAAGGGAACGACACUUGGGAUUUGGAUGGCGAACAGCCCACACAAGACUUUCAAGUACCGACCAUUCUCUUACUCGCGCUCGUACCCUUGAGAAGUAA